AUGGCGGAGAGGAACCCGGAAGUUGCCUGAGCUCCCCGAAAUCUCCCUUGGAAAUUACCUUAAAUUAAACCUACAGAAGGAUGGAGUGAAACGAUCUUCUGGCUUAAGACAACCCGGAAGGUCUUCAGGAAAGGUCAGUUUGCAGACAACCAGAACUGGAACCAGAGAGGAUGGCCCCAGGGACCCAGAGACCCUCAUCCCAGGAGUUGGUGACCUUCAAGGAUGUGGCUGUGGAUUUCACCCAGGAGGAGUGGCGCCUCUUGGACCAUUCUCAGAGAGAGCUGUACAAGGAGGUCAUGCUGGAGAAUGUCCAGACCCUGCUCUCUGUGGGAUUUCCAGUUUCUAGAGAAGAUUUGCCUUCCCCUUUCCAGGAAGGGGAAGCACCAGGGAUGGUAGAAGAAAAAGGUGCAAGGAGCUCCUGUCCAGGUGCAGAGACCAGGUUUGAAGUGAAGGAGAUGACUACAAAGGUGGACAUUGUUGUGGAAGAAUGUUUCUAUCAGAGAUUUCAGAGUAAAAAUGGUGCCUGUGACUUCAGUUUGAGAGACAUCUGUGGCUCUAAUACCAAGGUGGAUAAAAAUACUAAGAGUAUCUGGGAGUUUGGUGAAAUUGGAGAGGCCUUCACACAGUCUUCAGUCUUAAAUAACAGUAAGAGAAGGAUUUCAUGGAAUGAAGGUGUUCAGGACAGUGAAGAUAAUAAAUGGUUUCCUCAACAACUAAAGGCUCAUGAGAAGUCUCUACAAAUGCAAAUGGAUCAAGGUAAUCAUCUGGAAAUGGCCUUAAAUUUAAAUUCUGAUCUCAUUAGACAUCAGAAAAGUGACACUGGAGAAAUGCCUUAUGUAGCUGACAAACAUGGAAAGGCCUUCAGUCAGAGCUCUAAGCUCAUUACUCUUCAGAAAAUUCACAGUAGAAAGGAAGCCGUUGAAUACAAUGAAUGUAAAGCAACCUUCUCCCUUCACUCAUCUCUUCCUUGCCAUGCUGCAUUUGACCAUGGAAUGAAAAGAUAUGCAUGUCAUCAUUGUGGAAAGGCCUUUGCUUCAAACUCAGAUCUUAUUAGUCAUCAGAACAUUCACACUGGAAAAAAGUUUUAUGAAUGUAAUGAGUGUGGAAAGACUUUCACACAGGUAUGGCAUCUUGUUGUGCAUCAGAGAAUCCAUACUGAAGAGAAAACUUAUGAAUGUUAUCAGUGUGGAAAGACUUUCACAAAGAGUUCCAAUCUUGCUAAGCAUAAGAGAAUCCACACUGGAGAGAAACCUUAUGAAUGUAAUCAGUGUGGACAGGCUUUCACACAGAGCUCCCAUCUUCUUGCACAUCAGAGAAUCCACACUGGAGAGAAACCUUAUGAAUGUAAUCAGUGUGGAAAGGCUUUCACAGUGAGCUCCAGUCUUGCUGCACAUCAGAGAAUCCACACUGGAGAGAAACCUUAUGAAUGUAAUCAGUGUGGAAAGGCUUUCACAGCAGGCUCCAGUCUUGCUGCACAUCAGAGAAUCCACACUGGAGAGAAACCUUAUGAGUGUAAUCAGUGUGGAAAGGCUUUUGCAAAGAUUUCUGGUCUUUCUAACCAUCAGAAAGCCCAUAUUGGAGAGAAACCUUAUGAAUGCAAUCAGUGUGGGAAGGCUUUCACAAUGAGGUCCACUCUUGCUAAGCAUCAGAGACUCCACACUGGAGAGAAACCUUAUGAGUGUAAUCAGUGUGGAAAGGCUUUUGCACAGAUUUCCAGUCUUUCUUACCAUCAGAAAGCCCACAUUGGAGAGAAACCUUUUGAGUGUAAUCACUGUGGAAAGUCUUUCUCAGAGAGGUCCACUCUUGCUAAGCAUAAGAGAAUCCACACUGGAGAGAAACCUUUUGAAUGUAAUCACUGUGGAAAGACUUUCACAGAGAGUUCUCAUCUUACGACGCAUAAGAGAAUCCACACUGGAGAGAAACCUUAUGAGUGUAAUCAGUGUGGAAGGGCUUUCACAGUGAGGUCCAGUCUUGCUGCACAUCAGAGAAUCCACACUGGAGAGAAACCUUAUGAGUGUAAUCAGUGUGGAAAGACUUUCACAUUUUGCUCUAAUCUUGCUACACAUCAGAAAAUCCAUGCUGGAGAGAAACCUUAUGAAUGUGAUCAGUGUGGAAGGGCUUUCACAUUGAGCUCUAAUCUUGCUAGACAUCAGAAAAUCCAUGCUGGAGAGAAACCUUAUGAAUGUGAUCAGUGUGGAAAGGCUUUCACACAGAAUUCCAGUCUUCAUAAGCAUAAGAGAAUCCACACUGGAGAGAACCUUUUGAAUGCAAUCAGUGUGGAAAGAAGUUCAGAUGCAGCUCCAGUCUUGCUGUGCACAGAAGGGAAUCCACACUGCAAAGAAAUCUUAGAAAUAUAAUUAAUGUGGUCAGACCUUCAGGCAAUAACCAUCUCUUACUUCCCAUCUGAGAAUUUCUAUUAUAUAGUGUAAGAAAAUCAUGGGCUUUGCCAUGAGAUUGAAGCCAUGAGCCUGGAUGACUUUAAGGAGAGCUUAAAGUGGCAAGGGCAAGAAUCAAAAAGGACUUAAGCAGAGGGCAGCUAGGUGGCUCAGUGGAUAGAGCACUGGCCCUGGAGUCAGAAGGACCUGAGUUCGAAUCCGAGCUCAGACACUCAGCACUUAAUAGCUGUGUGACCCUAGGCAAGUCACUUAACCCCAAUUGCCUCACCAAAAAAAAAAAAAAGAACUUAUAGGGGCAAGAGUGCAUGUCAAAUAAGUUGUAUUUCUCAAUGAACAUGCUUGGAAUUAGAUUCAGAUUAACAUGAGUCCCAUAAUGUCAGAUGCUUUUCAUCCUUAAGUUAGUAUUACACAAAUGGAUUUUGCUAUAAGAUGCUUAAUAACGAACAAAAGAAUUGGGAUAGGUAUAGUGCCUUCAGAAUUCCUUAAAACAGUGGGAACAGGGGCAGCUAUUUGGUGCAGUGGAUAGAGCACCAGCCCUGGAGUCAGGAGUACCUGAGUUCAAAUCUGGCCUCAGUCACUUAACACUUACUACCUGUAUGACCCUAGGCAAGUCACUGAACUCCAAUUGCCUCACUAAAAAAAGAAAAAUAUAUAAAAAAACCCCCAGUGGGAACAUUUUUAAGGUGAUUAAAUAUCAAACAUAGGUAAACUCAGAUUUCCCAUUUUAACAGAAAUUUUUUAAAUUUGACAUCCAGAUAUAAGAGAAAUUCCUUUUCCACCAUAGCUGAUACAAUCAUUCACCAAUUAUAUCAUAAGGAUUUUUACAAACAUAAUACCUUCAAACAAUAUUUGGAUUUUUAAAAAAAAUAUUUGAAACCAAACCAAUUAAUUACCAAUCAGGUGUUCUUAAUUCAGUCGUAUAUACUUUUACACAGAAACCUUAAAAUCACAUGCUUCUUAGGGGUGGCUAGGUGGUGCAGUGGAUAAAGCACCGGCCCUGGAUUUAGGAGUAUAUGAGUUCAAAUCCAGCCUCAGACACUUGACACUUACUGGCUGUGUGACCCUGAGCAAGUCACUUAACCCCCAUUGCCCUGCAAAAUAAAUAAACAAACAAAUAAAUAAAUAAUCACGUGCUUCCUGAAACUGGGGGGGGGGGCAGGGGCUGGGUAUGGUUCAAUCAUUAUGUCUUAUCAGACAAUAAAUGGAACAUGUUAAUUUUCAAAGGCCUAAUACUUUUAGCACUUUAAAAGAAAAAGACUUACCCGUAAAUUCACAUAGUACAUUUUAUAAAGUGGUGAGUUUCCCAGCUAAUGUUUGUAAUUUCUUUAUUACUUUUCUUUAAAGACCUGAGAUGUCCCCCCAUACCUUAGAAACUUAUGAGAAAAACAGCAGUCUUUUUUCCCCCCCAAAGGAUUUUGUAGCCCAAAAGUCUUUUUUUUUUCUUUGGGGGGUGAGGCAAUUGGGGUUACAUGACUUGCCUAGGUUCACACAGCUAAUUAAGUGU